AUGAGUUUGGGUGCACGCGCCACCAAGGGUGGUGCGAAGGCAGGCAAGGAGGGCAAGCACGCGCCAGAGAAAGGCAAGGGCACAGACAAACCACAGCCCAAGGAGAAGGUCAAGCCACAGGCAACCACAGAACAGCUCCGGAUGGCUCACAUGAUAGACCGUAAAAGCGAAGACGCUUCCGACGUCCGCAGAAUGGUCCUUGAGCUGAUGGAGAUGACGUGUCGCACGGAGGAGGAGGUGUGCUCGGCGCUGCACGACUCCGACAACGACAUGGUGGCCGCCUGCAACCUGCUGCUCGAGGAGAGCCCCAGGAUACAGGGCGAGUGGCAGACCAGCGAGAAAAAGAAAAAGAAACCACCCGCUGCCGGCAACGGGGAGCUCGAAACACGCGCGCGCGCGCCCAACAACAGACCUCGUCGCGGCGAAGGCGAAGGCGGUCGCGGGGGCGGCGCGGCGGGCGCGACCCGAGGCGGGCGCGGGGGCGUGGGCCGCGGCGGGGGCGCGGGCCGGGGGCGCGGGCGCGGCCGGGGGCGCGGCGCGGCGCGGGGGCAGCGCCCGCGGCCCGACCACGACACCUGGCCCGACACCGGGCCCGCAGGCAACAACUUGGGCGACACGUUCCCCGCCACAGAAGACUGGGACAACGAGGAGUGGGCUGGAUCCAUAGAUAGCAAGGUGUUCGUUCCGAGUGCCAGCGCCGCGCCGGCCGAGCCGUCGGCCGGUCCACCCGCCAAUCCACAGCAGGAGGAUUGGGACACGCCGGAGACCAACGGGCCGACGGAGAGCCAUAUUGGCACCUACACCUACCACAACACUCAUCACCACCACUCGCUCAUUGACCAACAACCGGCGGCGGCGGCGGCGGCGGCGGGAGUAACAGCCGGCGUGGCGGCGGCCAGCCGCGUGUCGCCCGCCGAGCCCGCGCCGGAGCCCGCGCCGACGCACGCGCCGCACGACGCCUACCACCAUCACCAGCAGCAGUACCCAAGCAGCAUGGAGGCGAGCGCGCAGCCGAUGGGCAUGUCGGGCAGCCUGUCCGCCGCGCAGUCGCAGUACCUGUCCCAGCUCACGCAGCAGUCGCAGCGCCGCGACAACAGCGUGUACACAGCGCCUUACGGUGUGUACGGCGGAGACAUGGCGGCGCAGCGCAAACCGCAGCGGGCGAGAGUGCCUCCGCCGUCGAAGAUCCCGAUGUCGGCGGUGGAAAUGCCGGGCGGCGGCGAGGGCGGCGCGGCGCUGUUCCUCGACGUGCAGUUCGGCGCGCUCGAUCCAGACGCGCUCGACACGCAGCAAGUGACGUCACAAGCGGAAACUCAGCCGGUGUCAAGUAGUCACGAAACAACAACGGAAGCGCCUACUACUACUAAUUAUCCUAAUUCUAAUAGUAUGCAACAGUUAAGCGAGACGCUCUCGUCGGUGGUGGAAUCAGCGCCAACGACGCAAGCGCCCGUCACGACAGAAUCUCCAGUCACCAACGCCACCUCAUCGGUGGAGAAGCAGUUAAGCGCGUCGAUGAAGCAGUUGUCAGUGUCAGCAGCGGACGCAGUUGCAACAACGGCCGCGCCGCAGCAGCACCUAAGCUCACACCAUAGGCCCAAGCAGACGGGCGCGCAAAAUGUGUACGCACAGCACGCCGUCAGUCAUCAUCCGCCUGUAUACGGAGCCAACGUCUACGCGCCGCAGGUGAACUCAACGAACGCGUCGCUAACGGGCGCGAGCGCAGCCAUGACCGCCGCGUAUCCGUCCAGCGUCACGCUCACGCAGUACCAGCCCAUGAUCAACUCCUACCAGCAAACGUCAUCGUCAGCGGCAGGCUACGGCGGCAGCGCGCUAUACACGGCGGCGCCGUACUACGCGCCCGCUGCGCACGCGCCACACACGCCGCCUACGAAGCACUCGCACGCGCCGCACGCACAGUACGACAGUUCGGUGACGCCUAGCAGUAGCCUAACGAGCACGUCCACGACACAAACCUCCACAGCCAAAGUAGCCACAACCACCACAUGUGAGUACAUUAUGUAG